AGCACGGUUUUUUAGCUGCGCGAGUACCCUACCUUGUGCUGCUGAUUGUUCGGCCCGUAGCUUGAGCAUUUCCUGGCAUUUUCUUUGAUCGAAGAAGAAGCCGCCGCGCACCGACGACCCGCGCGGGAUCUCGGAUAUACCGGCGGACUGCCUGGACCCUUCCAUCUUGCAGCGGGGGAGAAGCAACCUCAACUGCAGGCGGCCAAGCGAAAGGCAGCAGCUUGUUUCUCUGGGAAUCAAGACAUGCACGGCCUGAAGACUUCGCUGGUGGUGCUUGGGGCGGCCGUGACGGGGCACGCUUUCGUUGCCCCGAGGGCCGGCUUGCCAACGACCACAACAUCAACUUCCGGACUUGUUCGACCAUUUUCCGCAGCACCGACAACAGAAGCACCGAGCAGAUUGCAAUGCGCCGAGAGACGCAGCAGGGUUGGGAGGGUCGUGGCGAUGGCCACUUCUAGCGCGCGGGGGCCGGGAGACGGAGAGGACGCCAGAAGUCCGGACGAGCUAAAAGCACAAGCGGCGAAAAACAUGCUCUCCGAGUCCUCCGUGGCGAGCGUGGUGUACUACUGGCUGGAGUUCCGAGACGACCUCACCCCCCAGUGGAUGAAGCAGUUCACGUACCGCAACGGCGACAUCCAGGACAUCGGCUGGCACCAGCACCUGGGCCUCCUCCUCAGAGCCGAGCCCGAGGAGAUGGUGGUCCGCAGGCUGUCGCAGAGGCCGCAGGGCGGCUCGGGCAACAACCCGUACCUCAAGGCCAACCGCACGCAGAUGGAGUACAACGUGCUCAUCGAGCCGCAGAAGAUCGCCAGCAAAGUCAUGCAGGUCCGGGAACAGAUCUCCCGCGAGUGGAUCCAAGACCUGAGCCUCAUCUCCGCCGAGAACUCUGAGGUGGAGAGGCACCGGGAGGACUCCUUGUGUCUCGACUCGGAGUCGAAGAAGAGGGACAGGAAGCUCGUCUUCGACCACGACCCUCUCAACAACACGAGCUCGCCCUACCGCGGCAAGAACUACAAGCUUCUCCUGGACAUGAUCACCAAGGCCGCCGUCAGGGCGUACCGCUCCGAGCUGCGCGUCUCCGGAGACCGUUACACCCUCAACUGGCUCGAGAAGUUCAUGCACAGGAACGACAUGGAAGACGGACCCAACCUCAAGGGCAACGACCUGGUGGAGGCCAUCAUCGAUGGGCCGAUCGUCGUGAUCAAGGACCCCCGCACCGAGAAGAACAGAGUCAUCGACCCCGGCCACAUCGGGGGGCAGCUCAUGAACUUCCGGCAGUUGGAGGCCCAGCUUGUCACGGAGGCCAUGGAAUCCAUCCCGAGUGAUCACGUGGAACUCAAGAGGCAGUUCCUGGAGGAGCGCAUGAGGGACCAGCUGGACAACGUUGUGCUCACUCAACGCCGCAAGCGCAUCGUCGAAGCGUCCGCACCGAAGGACGACUUCCCUUCGGCGGACUCGAGUACGCCACAAGAAGGGUUCGAGGUCUAGUAGCAUCUCUGCCUUCCCACAUCCAACAGGGAGGGGUAGAGAGAGAGAGAGAGAGUUACCUCCAAACAUAAAAAAAUCAAAGGGGGACGUGUGAAGUUGAUCGUCGUAACGUUUUGAGAGGGAGGUCGGUCCGGUUUUACGAGGAGAUUUGCAAUCUUGAGGCGCGUGUGUUUCUUCCGUGCGUUUUUAAGCCCGAGGGCUUCGGUGACACCGUUCAAGGUCUGCUGUCUUGUGAGGAGGAGGACAAGUGUCGAAAGGGCUUGUUCUCCCUUUGUACCCUCGUGCUUGAAGAAUAACAUAUGACACGGAACACGAAUACGGCAAAAGCUUGUUGCUGUUCGUUACAUGAGCAGCAUCACCGUCUACGAGGUGCAAGUCAACGCCGAAAAAGCGUGGGGCGCGCGUGCCCUCGGAAGGGUCUCGCCGAGGACGACCAGUUUGUGGGUUGGCGGCGCAGCAGCUUCCCGUCUCGCUGGGGCACGUAAUUAAACAUUGGGAGGUUCACUGUUGGCACGAAGUGAUAGCCUCCUGGGCUGGGGGGUGGAAUCCUGGCCGUUAAACGCUGUAGCAGUAGACGUAGAUUGUAGCUGCUACUGCUGCUGCUGCUGUUCGCGUCGUUGGCUUUUGAACACUCGACGGAGCUGGGGUGCUUGUACAAACUGGUUUCGUCGCGCUGGUGGACACCGGCUUUGUAUCGUUCCUUGUUGUCUUCGAGUUGAGCUUCUUUGGAACGAGGGAGCGACGUAGUCCGAUGUAUUCUCAAAGGGCUUGUACAUACUUGCGUAUAGCUUUGUUUCGAUAUCGCAUUGUAAGGGUGGAGGAGUAUCUCUCGUCGUUGAGCAGAUUGAGGCUCGAGGGAAAACGACCAGUGUAUCGGAAAAGAAAAAUCGAUGUUUUUAUCUUGGACGGCCGUGUGGCCAAGCUGCCUUCUUUCGCAUUUAAACGGGGCGGAGGAAGGCGAUGGGGAUGCCGCAGAAAUAUUAAAAGGCGUCGGGUUGUCCCCUCGCAUACCCUCAGCCACGGGCUGUAAGUACGCGAUGGUGUUUGAUCUGUUUCGUGUUGGGUCGUCCUUUGGUUAUUCUCUGUUGCUUCCUGAAGCCCCCCCCCCCCCGGGAAGAGUAGUGGCGCAUGAAGUACAUGGGAAGAAGCAUCGCGGUGAUACCCACUAUUGCACCACGGUAGGCAUGACGGGUUCCUAGAUAACCUGUGUUUUUGACCGUUGGUGAGGGGCAGGGGUACGGAUAGGGGCGCGUCGAAUUGAGCGUUUGUCAUGGAGCACGGCCACUCGCCAGAGCAGGAAAAGCUAAUGUUCGAUUUAAAGUUGCGGCAUGCAACCAGAAAUAUUGCUGUGCUGCGACAGCGGGGGAUUGCGUUGAAAACGCUUGGAGGAGCAACAUGCGUACAAAGAAAGAAAAUAAGAGCGGUUUGAGGAGUCUUGUAUAUUGUCUUGGUAUGUGUGUGUACAUGUAGAGUGUCUGGGAGAAAGGUUGGGCGUUUAUUGUACUUGGAAGUAGUUGUUUUCUCUUGUGUUUUGGGUCCUGCGCACGGGGUGGUCCUGGGGGGGUUGCUGCUGCUCUGUCCUCUUGGUUUGGAUGUAAAUGGGGUGCGAGGAAAGGUUUUGACAAGAUGCCAUAAUUGGAACUACGGCGACUUGCCGAAGCUGGUUGAGCUGCUGUCACUGCAAGACGACUGUGAAGACGUAGAUAAUUUCGUGAGAACGGCAGGUCGUGGUCUACCGAAUAUUUUUUAGCAGAGUAUCCGUACCGCAAGCGUGUGAAAAAAUCUUGAGA